GCACGUGGGGCUCCGGGGCUCCGAGCGGCUGUGCGGCCGGCGGCGCCCCUCGGCGGGGUCGCGGGAAGCCGGGACGAGGCGCCCCCGGCGCGGCGCCGCGCUGCAGGACCAUGGCCCCGAAGCUGCUGCUCCUGCUGUGCCUCCUCUCGGGCUUGCACGCGCGGUCCAGCAAGGUGGAAGAGGAUGAAUAUGAAGAUUCUUCAUCGAAUCAGAAGUGGGUCUUGGCUCCAAAAUCUCAAGACACCGAUGUGACCCUUAUUCUCAACAAACUGCUCAGAGAAUACGAUAAAAAGCUGCGGCCGGAUAUUGGAAUAAAACCAACUGUAAUUGACGUGGACAUUUACGUUAACAGCAUUGGGCCUGUGUCAUCCAUCAACAUGGAAUACCAAAUCGAUAUAUUUUUUGCUCAGACCUGGACUGACAGUCGCCUUCGGUUCAACAGCACCAUGAAAAUACUUACUCUGAAUAGCAACAUGGUGGGCUUGAUAUGGAUCCCAGACACAAUCUUCCGCAAUUCUAAAACUGCAGAGGCCCACUGGAUCACCACCCCCAAUCAGCUCCUCCGAAUCUGGAACGAUGGGAAAAUUCUUUACACUUUAAGGCUCACCAUCAAUGCCGAGUGCCAGCUGCAGCUGCACAACUUCCCCAUGGACGAGCACUCCUGCCCGCUGAUCUUCUCCAGCUACGGCUACCCCAAGGAAGAGAUGAUUUACAGAUGGAGGAAAAACUCAGUGGAAGCAGCUGACCAGAAAUCGUGGCGGCUCUACCAGUUUGACUUCAUGGGCCUCAGAAACACCACCGAAACCGUGACGACGUCUGCAGGUGACUACGUAGUCAUGACGAUCUACUUCGAGCUAAGUAGAAGAAUGGGUUACUUCACCAUUCAGACGUACAUCCCCUGCAUCCUCACCGUGGUCUUAUCCUGGGUGUCAUUUUGGAUCAAAAAAGAUGCUACACCAGCAAGAACUGCAUUAGGCAUCACCACUGUGCUCACCAUGACCACGCUCAGCACCAUUGCCAGGAACUCCUUGCCACGGGUGUCCUACGUGACGGCCAUGGACCUCUUCGUGACCGUGUGCUUCCUGUUCGUCUUUGCCGCCCUGAUGGAAUAUGCCACCCUCAACUACUACUCCAGCUGCAGGAAACCAGCCACGACAAAGAAAAAAACAUCAUUGUUACAUCCAGAGUCUUCAAGAUGGAUUCAUGAGCGCAUCAGCCUACAGACACCCUCAACCUAUUCUCUCCUUGACAUGAGGCCACCACCCCCUGCGAUGCUCUCGUUAAAUAACUCCGUGUACUGGCAAGAGUUCGAGGACACCUGUCUCUACGAGUGUCUGGACGGCAAAGACUGUCAGAGCUUCUUCUGCUGCUACGAAGAAUGCAAGUCGGGAUCGUGGAGAAAAGGGCGGAUCCACAUAGACAUCGCAGAGCUGGACUCCUACUCCCGGGUCUUCUUUCCCACGUCGUUUCUGCUCUUUAACCUGGUCUAUUGGGUUGGAUACUUGUAUCUCUAAGUGCCGCCCUCAGUGAGAGUGCAAAGCUCUUGGUCCACAUUCUUUACCUUCUGUCAUCCUCAAGACUAGUAGUGAUCAAAAUUGGAGUCUCAAAAAAAGAACGCUGCUUGGUUGAUCUUCAGUUAUGAAUGACCUUUCAGCACCACAGGAUGUAUCUGGGAAAUAUUCCUACUGUAUAUUACACACACAUUAAUUGAACUUUAAAGUGGUAUUCUUGCUAAUCCUAUUGAAUCUGUAGCUUGGUGAUAUUUGUUGGUAUUGGAAUGGUUUUCGUAGUGAAACAGCUGCCAGUUAGCUUUGCAAAGAAAUCCGUAGAACAGGCAAGCAAAUAUUAGAGCGACUCUGUUGGGGCCCCCUCCCUUAUGUGUCUCUCCUGUGCACCGUUGGCUUCAGCACCCACUUGUAUGAACCAUUCCCAGCAGAGAUGCACUCACGCUGGCCUCCGCCUGGGCACCAGGUGCAGGGUUCCGGUGCCAUCUGCAGGGAGCCUUGGUCCUGUUUCUUUUCUCUGGAGCCUCUUUUGCUCUGGCACCAAGUUCCCUUCCCCAACAACCUCACCCUAGGUCUGGGAAGAGUGUGCACAUGUCUACAAGUGUCCACUAGGGAAAAAAAUUCUAAUAUUGCUGAAGUCAAAGAUACUGAUUAUCCGUGGACUCCAGGAGGUAACUACUUUCCUCCAGACUACUCAGAGUCAACCGUAUUUGAAUGCUGGGUUUCUGGAUUAGUUCAACUUUAAUUCAAUAUUUCCUCUGAAGAGUUAUGUUUUACUAGAUCAAAAUUUAACCCCAAAGUAUGUAUCUAGCUUAUGUUGUUAUGGUUCAGUAAUUAAUUUCAUCUGGAAAGGAGAGAUACAACAUGUACAAGCCUUUGCUUUGAGAAAUCAUAUUCCAGAGUAUGAAAGAAAUCAGGUAGAAUUUCAAAUUUUUCUUAAUAAAUAUUAAUUUUCAAGUUAAACCAAUUUUAGAUGCAGACAAUGCAGGUAAUGGCUGUCACCAGUUAUACAUUUUGAUGAGCAGAAAACAUUUUGUACUAGCAAAAUCCCAAAGAAAAAAAAUUCCCCAAUAUACUUUGAUAUUUUUAUAAUACAAAUCCAAUUUGUUUCAUAAUAUUAGUUCGUUGUUAUAACUAGAAGUAAAUAUGUACUUCAUAUGAAUCUUUUGAAGCUUCUAUUCAGCAGUAGAAAGGGGAAAGUCCUACCAGGUAGUUAAUAAUGUUUUUGGCAUUAUUAAAAGUUUCGUAUUAGCAUCUCUUUGCUUCCCAAUUUUCUCAUAUCAAAAACCAAAUUGAUUAUAUUGAAAACUAUUCGUUUUUCAAUUAUCUAGUGCAUACUAACAUUACUAAAAUAAGUGAAAUGUUAUAUAGGGGAAGUGUAUAAAAACACUGAUUCAAACAAUUUAUUGGAGGUAUACCAGAGAAGAAGAGUGGAAGGUUCCAGAAAAACUGAAAUUAACAUUUUGACAUUGUUGUAUAUCGAGUGGAUGUGAAAAUAUUAGUAUACCACUAAUCAGUUUUCAAGGAUCAGAUUUACUCAGUGUGAGACAUCCAAUCUCAUUGUGUGAUUUUUUUUCUUGUCAACUGUGUCUUCUGGUUUGGUAGUUGCUAUACAAGCCACAAGCCAAAUGGAUAUAUUUAGCAACUUCAGUUUAAAAAAUAAAAUAAUACUUGUAGAGAAAUAGGUUGAAAAUAAUGGCUUGAGUGAGCUGUCUCCUGUACUGGAGAAUUCCCCAUCUGGUACCUAGUCUGUCCCUUAGGCAUGAUGGACUGGCCCACCUGUGGCAGACUUCAUCUGGAUGUCCCACCAGAAGGAACACCUGUCACACUACGGAGUACCAAGCAUAGAGGGCAGGUGACACAGACACAGCUUUCAGCAUGGGACAUUUAUAACAUAAUUUAUGAAGAAUUUUAACCUGUUACAUUUUAAAAGAAGUUCUAGAAAGAAAAUUUGCUAGUAAAAUUCUCUUUGAAAAGAGAACAAAAGCAUUUUUAUAGCACAGAUCUGGUUGCAUGUUACCCUAAAAAUGAUUCUAUGGGUCCCUCUUCUUGCAGAGCCUCUCGGUAUUCGGGUGUCACUGACAAUUCCCACGCACCUGUAGGAAAGGACGUGGAGGAUGAGGUGCACCAAGAGCCUCUGUUUCUGUGUCCCGCCUCUCUCUACCUGACCUCAGCCACCGCUUGGUGAAAACAGUCGUUCAUGGUGUCUGUAACAUGAGGGAAAGCCUUUAUCUCAAAAAGUAUAAGAGAUGUUCACUCGGUGGAGAAUAAAAUAGAUGCCUGGCUAUUUAGCAAUCUACCCACCACAAAGUCCGAGUAGAAAGAACCGAAACCCCCAAGAGCAGGCCAGUACCGUUUCUCUGCAUACUGAUGUCCUCUCCAUCAGUCUCGACUGCUGAGAUGAAUCUGUUCCGUCCACAGUGCAGGAGAGAUACGCGUGUCUUGCUCAGGUGCAGAGCUCAGGGGCUUUGAAAGCUGGCUCCUGUUUACUUCUGGAGGAGGAAGGAGAAGGGGUGGGGCAGACAGCGGGAGACGCGCCCCCUUCAUUGGCAGCACUCCUUGCCUGGGCGCCUGGUCAUGGGGGCAUGUGUGGGCACUCAGGCCCAAUCUCUUCCAUGCAGCUCUACGCAGCUCGCUUUGCGUGUAGAAUUGGGGGACACCUGGGGUGGAAGACGUCUGAGGGAUCUUGAAGGUGCUGCAGUGUUCCCCAGUUUCAGAAAUACUCUAAAUCAAGAUGAUGACUCCACGUUUUGAUAAUGAUGCCAAAUUUUUGAACACUGUGGAUCAUUCCUAAAACUGUGACUGUCUCUCUUUUAAACUUCAUCCUGGGUGAGGGAGAAAAGAAAAACUAAAAAGUGUCUGACACGUUAGUGCAAUUUAGCAGAAAAUUCUAGGCUCCUCGGAGCUGGGAAGUUUCAGUACCACCUCCCAGAACAAGGACUCCCCAGAUGCUGAAAAAGGAGGGCAGGGUUCCGGGCAUUCACUGCACCCAGCCAGUACUGCCCGAUACGUCUGAAGUAUGCCUUAAAAACAAAAGCUCAAACAAUACAAAGAUUUUCCAUCUCCUGCAACCAGCUCUUUCAUUUAUGCGUAGAUAAAAAUAGGAUUUCAUCUCUUUAUAUUGUAAAUGAUAUUUCCCUUAAUUUUACAUCAACUCAGUUAAGUGCAGAAUUUUUGUGGAUUCUUUGAUUAAAGAAAUGGUUGUCCUCAGUGACAAAGCAUUUCCAUGAUGUACUCAGUCACCUAGUCCUUGAGAUGGGAUCUGAGCAGCCACAUCGAAUAAUUCUCCUGGAAUAGUUCACUGCAGUGUAAGAAAGGCUUCAGCCACGAUGCCUUGCAGCUCUGCAAAUGUCAUGGGGGGAACCAGUCACCCCACUUGAUACUAACUAGCGCUUGCCACAACCUGGAAGCAACACCACUCUCUUUGAAAGGGCUAGAACACAAAACAAAACCUCCCUUUCCUUGGUUAUGUUUAUCUCAGAUGCCAAACUGAAAACUUCUUGUGAUUUCCUUAAAGACUUGAAGAAUUACAACUGUCUCCAGCCAUCAUGCCAAUCAUUCUGCAAGUUAGUUAGUUCAGAGCUUACAAACUGAUCCCUCUGCAUUCACUCUGGUCUGACAGCUGAGUGCUUUUUCUGAAAGUUACUACACAUGUAAGAACAUACCUUCAAUGUCUAGUUAAAAAUGGUGAAUCGCUGGAGAUAAACAACAUCUUACAUAGGGGCCAGGGAUUUAGCUCAGUGGCAUAAGCACCUGCCUGGCAAGUGCAAGGUCAUCAGCUCCAUCCCUGGUACCAAAACAAAACAAAACAAAAAUCACAAAACAGAACCUUAUGUAAAUAAAUAUACACUGAAAUAUGGAACUCCAUUAUACUGAUAAAUUAUCCAUUUGGGUUUUAGAACACUAUCCCUUUAAAAAAUAUUCACAAAGGUAUCUGGAAAUAAUAGAAGACAGAUUAAGAUUACACACUAAAUGUUCAAUUCACCAUUUUUUGCUGCGCCCACUUCAAAUUGAGGAAGUGCAUCAUCCCAUAAAUUUCCUGCUCUCAGUUUGGCCCGGCAGAAACAUUCAGGCUUGCAGAGCUGAGCAGGAGCUUUACAUUUGUGUUUCACAUCUGAUAGAUCCCAAAAAGUAAAAAAUAACAAACAGUUUGGGAUACAUAAGCCACAUGUCUGAUCUAUUAUUAAAUUUAGCUUUUACUAUAAAAAUAGAUUUCUUUUAUCAUAGGGAGAAAAAAUCUAGUCCUGGGAUGGUAUAUUUUGCUCUUUUCCAAAUAUUCAGAAUUUUGUUUUUUCUUAACAAAAUACAGUCUGCCCUGUGUAUCUGCAGGUUCUGAGUCUAGGAUUUAAACCAACGAAGAGUGGAAUUGUUUUUAAGUUGAUCCUGUACUGAACAGGUACAGAUUCUGCCCCCUUGCCAUUAUUCACUAAAUGGCUACUUGCACAGCAUUGGCAUAUGUUACCUAUGCCAAUGUUGGCAUACGUAAGUCAUUUGAAGAUGAUAAAGCACUUAGAAGUAUCGUGUGGGUUCUGUGAAAACACUGCUCCAUUUUUAUUAUGGGGCUAGAGUGUCCCUGGAUUUCACUCCACAGUACUCCUGGAACCAGUCCCUGCAGACUCGGAGGGGAAACUAAUAUUCACAUUUCUCACAACAGCCUUAGACCAGGCUUCUCCUGCUGCCUCUCUGGUUGAAGUUCCUUCAGGAGCUGGUAGCUUGGUUAUUUCAACCCCCAAGUUACUAGACUUCUCAAAAUGACAGUCUUGCCAUUGACCACUUUUUCACAAAAAAGAUUAAAGUCCUAAUUUGUCAUCAAAAAUUUUUACAAUGCACAUCAAUUUUGAGAGUACGCUCCCAACUUAUCUAAGGGAAGAUAAUUUUAAUGUCACUUUAUAGACAUUGCAGUAAUCAAAAUGGACAGAGAAAGGAUGAAGGCAAGAGGAGAGGCCGCCGAACACAGGUUGAGCUUCUCGGCUGAGUUCUGGUUCCUUGGGCACACAGACACAUUGUUCCCAACAAGGCCUUCCACGAUGGCUGGGAUGGACCAUUGAGGUUCCCAUUUUGAUUAACAGACUUCUUAAUCAGCAGGAAAACCAGCCUCUCCACCUGCCUAGAGGACCAUUUUGGAAGCUGAAGUUCGUUCCCUAGUCUAGGGAGAUCUGUGGGAAGGAGAGUGCUUGGCUUUAGAUUUAUAAAAGAUUUACUGCAACCAUCAGAAAGUCUUCACCCACUGCCAAAGCCGAUUUUCAGAAAUAAAAUAUGAGAGCUUUGACUUGGCUAGUAUGAAUGAUAACCGAUUUUGGUCAAAUAUUGUUCAUGUUUAGAACAGGGAGGAUAUUUUGAUCACUGACAGAAGGUCCCCCAAUACACAGAACACUCUGAUAAAGAGGUCAGAGCAUCGAGACCCCUGUCCGGCCCCCAUGUCCUCUCAGCUGUCAGGUGACUGUCACAGCAAUUGGGCGCUUGGUUUCCAGGGUGGGGACUGGCAAGACACAGACAGGCUUUUAAAAAACAGUGUCUUAACUGGUUUUUGAUGUAUCCAAAAGAUAAAUAAUGUGGCGGAAAGUCCUCAUACUUUGCUGACUGAAAUUCCAAGUUUUCAGCCAGAUGUGGCAGAGUCUCUAAUGGAAUAAGACAGGCUUGUGCCUCCACACCAGGGUCAUCACGUCCAGUCCCUUCUUACCCGAACCACUGACACAACGCAAGGGUUAAUGUUUCCUCCAAGCUACAACAAACAUUCAAGGAAGCAACAGGAACGCUUUACUUCAGUUUCAAUAGGAAACAGAUCCCAGCCCAAAGUCUUCUUGCCUAAAACGUUUUCAGACCUGCUUCUUCCCCAGAAUUCUGUCUCCUCUGCCUGCUCAGCAGCACCUGAAUCAUCACAUCUCACAAACAUUGGUUUCUCGGUGACUUCAUCCUCCUCAUCCUCAGUGGAUUUUCCAGUCCUUUUCUUAGAAACAACAUCAGAAUUUACUUAGAAAUGUUUUUGCCCUAAGUUAAUUGCGUCUUUGGAAACCAAAUUUUGUUACCUAAAAGAACAGUCAUUAUGCUGCUUUUCGUAUCAUUCUGUUCUGGCUUUAGUUCGCAGUGGUUUAUCUUGGCUUCUUUAGUUUGAGUAGAAAUAGACACUGAAUAAUAUGUAGCAGUGAAGUUUAUACUGUUUACUAUUACAUCAUCUGAGUUUAGAACAACUAUUUUAUUAAAGCAGUCUGAGAGACACUUUCAAUUACUCUGGACCUUUACUAUGGCUAAUUUUGUGCUGGUGAAAAAUGUUUACAUGCUACUCUGUUUGUACAAUUACCCACUUUCUUUAUGGACAGCUCCAGACUGAGCAGAGGUUCUCUGUCACGGUGUGUGUUCUGUGGAGGAUCCUAAGAGGGUCCUGUGUGCAGGGUGGGACCUGCAUCUGGACUGGACCAAGGGGCCAUAUUUCGUUUACAUGCAGUGAUGUGUGCAUUUGUGUCUGUGUGUACCGUGGUAAACUGGGUAACUUAUUACUGUGUGCACUGCUCUACGCAUCACCCCAAAUUUAGCUGAAACCAGUAGAAAGGAGCACAGUUUCCUAGUGAUAAAAUAUUAGCUUACUAAGCCUCUGGCAAAGGCAAAAAGAAAGGAGGGAGAGAAAGAGGGAGAAAGAGCCCGAGAACGUGACCAUCUUUACAUUUCCUGAAGAUGAGGGAUCACAUUCUUACUUCAAGAAAAAGUCAGUCUGGAAUCCAAACCAGCCUUGUUUGGAGCCCGGCUUGGCGCCCGCGCUUUCCUUUGAGUCCCGUCUGACCCUUUGGGUCCUUGGUCUGCAGCAGUGAUGACCGGAAGUGGACAGCGCUGUGGCUCAGCAGCCGCAGGGCAGUGGCAGGUGGGACUCGCUCCGCGGGGUGCAGGACAGCAGAGAGGCCACCGCCGGGUGGGCAGGAAGGCGGGGGUGCCAGGGAUCUGGAAUCAGCCCCGGCCCGGGCGUAGACCUUCGGCCGCAAACCCGCUGGCCCGGGGCCCUGCUGCCCACCUCACGGAGGACGGUCCGGAGAAGCAGGGCGCCCUGCGCCCCUUGUGCCUUGGCGACGCCCUGUCCCCGCGCCCUGGGUGGCGCCUGCCCUGCCCGGAGCCAGCUGGGCCUGCAGCCCGGUCGCCUUCUGCAUUUGUAUUCGGAUUCCUACGUUUGUACUUCUGAUACAAUAAACGCACCUGUUGUCAGAAA